CAAGGAACUAAGGACAAAAGGUGAUACUCGAAGUCAAGAUUCUUUCCAAUUGGUAAGACUUCAUAGCUCAAUCAUAAUGUCGACCAACGAAACCGAGCCCGUAGAAAAGCGGGAACACUCCUCAGACUCUCACUUUGAAGACAAACCCCACAAGGAGCAGUGCCGCUCUGUCGGCACAAGCACUACGCAUCGGCCCUCUGUCGCUGCCUCAGCAGUCGAGCGUGCUCGCCGAAAUAUCAACGCCAAACUUGCAAACCCUCUCCAAGGUUACAGCUAUGAUGAGCUUCGAAAGAUGGGCCGGGCAUAUGCCUACGAGCACUCCCUUGCUGAAAAAGAAGACGUCCGAGCCAUCGAGAUUGGAGCCAUGCUUGCCCGAGACCCGGAGAAUUUGACCCAUUGCAAGGAGAUGGGUGUUACAGAUGAAGAGUAUGAAAUACUUAGUAAGGAAAUCAAUCAUAGGUGGAGCCAGCCGUGGACACUGUAUCUCGUUAUCAUCCUUUGCUCAACUUGUGCGGCUGUGCAGGGAAUGGAUGAAACUGUCGUCAAUGGCGCCCAGCUAUUCUAUCUGGGCCAAUUUGGUAUCGGUGGAGAUGAUCAACGGUCCACAUGGCUCUCCGGCCUAGUGAAUAGCGCCCCGUACAUGUGCUGUGCAUUCAUUGGGUGCUGGCUCACUACUCCGUUCAAUAACUGGUUUGGACGAAGAGGAACGAUCUUCAUUACAUGUCUUUUUAGUGCUGUAGCCUGCUUUUGGCAGGGGUUUGUCAACACGUGGUGGCACAUGUUCAUCGCCCGAUUUGCCCUAGGCUUUGGCAUCGGUCCUAAAUCCGCGACUGUUCCGAUCUACGCUGCCGAAUGCACCCCCCCUGCCAUCCGUGGUGCUUUAGUGAUGCAGUGGCAGAUGUGGACUGCUUUUGGUAUAAUGGUCGGCUAUGCGGCCGAUCUUGCCUUCUACGGCGUCCCCGACAAGCCCAACAUUACUGGCCUCAACUGGCGCAUCAUGAUGGCGUCCGCCAUGUUGCCGGCUGUCAUCGUAUGCUGCUUCGUAUUUCUCUGCCCGGAGUCUCCUCGUUGGUACAUGUCCAAGGGUAGACAUGCUUCUGCUUACCACGCCAUGUGUAAACUGAGAUACAAGAAGAUACAAGCUGCCAGGGAUCUUUUCUACAUGGCCGAGCUACUGAAGGCCGAGGAAAACAUGAAGAUUGGUCAGAAUAAGAUCAAAGAGCUGUACACAGUGCCUAGAAACAGGAGAGCUAUGUUGGCGAGUGAGAUUGUUAUGUUUAUGCAACAAUUCUGCGGUGUGAACGUAAUCGCUUACUACAGUUCCUCUAUCUUUGUCGAUUCUGGCUUCAGCGAACAAUCCGCCCUAGGUGCUUCCCUCGGCUUCGGGGUCAUCAACUUCCUCUUUGCCCUACCAGCCGUGUACACCAUCGAUACAUUCGGCCGCCGUAACCUCCUCCUCACAACCUUCCCGCUUAUGGCAAUCUUCCUGCUUUUUACCGGAUUCUCGUUCUACAUCCCAGAAACAUCGAAGGCUCAUGUAGGAUGCGUCGCCCUCGGCAUCUACCUGUUUGGAAUUGUGUACUCCCCUGGUGAAGGGCCGGUUCCGUUUACGUAUUCAGCAGAAGCAUAUCCAUUAUAUGUCAGGACAAUUGGUAUGUCUCUUGCGACAGCGACGACAUGGUUCUUCAAUUUCAUACUUUCUAUCACUUGGCCCAGUUUACUUGCAGCCUUCAAACCCCAGGGGGCUUUCGGCUGGUAUGCUGCCUGGAACCUCGUGGGUUGGGUUUUAGUGCUGUUGUUCCUUCCAGAAACCAAGGGAAAGACCCUCGAGGAACUCGAUCAAAUCUUCUCGGUGCCUACUCACGUUCAUGCUGCCUAUGGACUUCGACAGAUCCCGUACUUCUUUAAUCGAUACAUUAUUCAGAGAAAAGUUGAGCCAGAGAAGCUGUAUGAGAGAGAGCACACUGAUGAAAGUGCUGUUGGUGAGGAUAUGAAUGUUGUCUAA